CUCUUGGCUCGAAAGCAUAACAGCAUCUUAUGGCUAAAAAUGACUAGACUAAAAUGCACUUUUCCGUAUUGCAUGGCCAUUCAAAAUCUUUCCAAAGUGAGUAAGUAGGACACAAAACCUUGCUAUGCUUCAAUCUGCGUAAUGAUGGAGCAAUCCUUGAACGAUGCAUACGAAACGGUUUUACGAUGAACACCAAGCCGGGGGCCUACAACGCCAGCGUCUUUAAGUCAGUCUGUAAGUGGCUACUGUGUUGCAAAACGCCACUGCCCGCGGAGGAAGUUCUCAAAGUCAUUGAGAUUUCCUUAGAUCAUGAUCCUAAACUUCAGAAAAUAGCACGUAGUCCGUUAAGCACAAAAAUUGUUUUAUGUAAGAUGAAUACUUGUUAUGUUGGAUUUGAAGAUGGAUACUGACCUCGUAUUCACUAGUGCUGUAGCAAUUUUGUUAUUCAGAGCUCAGAAGGCACAUUUCGAUUUGCCCAUUUAUCUGUUGAGGAGUACCUUAUUAACCAUUGCGGGUUCAAAGUCGAGUUCCAAACUGAGGAAUGUCACUUAUUCGUGAUGAAGAUGUGCUUAAAUCUGUUGGUACAGAAAAGAGUCAAUUCAGGCACAAAAUCAGGGCUCAAACGCGGCUCGGUGGCUUCCGCCAUAAAAAAGACGUUGAUGCUCCCCCAAGAGCCGACCAAUUUUCUAGCCUAUUCCGUCUCUUAUUGGGCUUAUCACUCCAAUAAAGCAACAUCGGAGAGACGAUGUAAAGAUCUCCUAUAUAAGCGUUUUACUCUUGGAGCCACGAUAAGCCCUUCGCUCCAGUGGUGGUACACUCAAAUUGAUGCCGGCAACUACUCAGGAAGCACACGAUAUCACAUCAUGGAUAUUGCAGAUCGAAUUCUUGGGGAUCUUCCACGCUCAGAUAAAUACCCGUCAAAGAGUCGUCUUAGAAUGUUAGGAGCAGCCUUCAACCUUCCUGAAAUAAUACAAAACGCACUCGAUAAAUAUAAAGAAUCGAUUGAUGAGCCAUUACGCCAUGGAAGUACUCCACUGCUUGUAGCCAUUCAACAUGGCAGUCCUGAUUCUGUAAAGUAUCUCCUAGAUCGCGGUGCCAAUCCUCAUCUAAUUUCGACCGCUCAUAGGCACCAUAUAAAGUAUUACAAUAUGGGUAUGCCGAUUGCUGAUGAGGAUAUGGUUUACUGGGUAAUUGCGAAGGGUGGCAAUCCUCAAGAGAACCUCGAGGAACGUUUACAGAUAGAAGAAAUUCUCCUAAGUCAUGAGUGCAGUCGCCAGGCGUUUAUCGAGCAGCUUGAAAGACAUCUAGAGAAAGAUACCCAUUCGGAGCCGUUACGAGCCUUGGAAACUCUCUAUAGAGCUGCCGAUGGGACUCCAUUACCCGCAAAGAUACUUGAGCGCAGGAUAAAAGAUAAAGGCUUGGGAGAAUUAGCUGAUGUCCUAUACCAAAUUGAUGAAGAGACUUUUAACGACAAAAUGGUACUGGGAGUCAUCCGUUUCGACUCCUAUGAAACAGUGGAAAAAUUGUUCGAAUUAAAACAAAUCGACACUAUCACAGAGGAGAUGAUUAGGUAUGCCUUGAAGAGCAGCGAUUCUCGUACUCUCGCACACUUCAUGAAUCAAUCCGAUAGCAGCCUUCUAAGAAGGGAACUGGUCAUUGAUGAAGAGCCUAAACAGGAAGAUAUGUGGAAAGUCAUUCUCGAUGUAAAAGGUAAAGACUUCGUUGAUCAGGAGGUUUUUGACUCAUUAUUUGUCCGGCCAGAUGCCAAAAGUGUCGAAUAUAUUCUGCACUCCUGCGGAAUUGAAAUGAUUAACAGUUCCCACAUCGACUCAAUAGCUAGGCUGGCUAGAUCAGAAUCUAGUGUUGAUACUUUGAAUGUUAUCAUACGCCUGCGAGGAUCCCUGGAUGGCCUAAUUACAGAGGAAGCUGUUCUCAGCGCUUUAAAAAGUGGUUCUUCUGAACUGUAUAAUUUGAUGUUGGAUAAUGUGGAGGAUCAAUCGAUAUUGACAGCGACGGCGGGAAAGCUCGCGGGAAAGAGGCGUUAGUAGUCUCAAUUUUUCAGAGAUAAUUUGUGGAUUUGAUUCUGGCUUUGCAUGAAACAGUCGGGGAACACCAGAACUGCCAGGAUAAUCGGUUACUUUCGCUGGAGGGGCAGAUGAAGAAGGAAGGGGAUCUAAAAUUGUCAAUGUAUCCCAAGUGUC